AUGGCGAAAGUAUUCGAUGCGGCAGAAGGUAUCGUUCCCACCGUCGCAAAACAUAAUACCCCCGAAAGUUGCUGGGUGAUUCUCUAUGGCAAGGUCUACGAUGUGACCGACUUCAUUGACAGCCAUCCCGGGGGCAAGAAGGUUAUCUUGAAGCUAGCAGGCAAAGAUGCCACCGAAGAAUAUGACCCGAUUCACCCUCCCGGCAUCCUGGAGGAGGAGCUCAAACCAGAGCAGUGUAUAGGCACAGUGGACCCGGUCACAUUGCCCAAGAACGAAGCGCUAGCCGUGACGCAGAAACCCGCCCAAGGACCGCCACCAAUGGAGCAAAUCCUCAAUCUGGACGAGAUUGAAGAGGUGGCCACCAGGCAGGUGAGCAAACGAGCUUGGGGAUAUUACUUCUCCGCUGCCGACGACAAGAUCAGCAAGGAGUUCAACCGUGAAGUAUACCGAUCCAUCAUUCUGCGACCACGAGUUUUCGUUGACUGUGCCCGAUGCGAUUUGGACACUACAGUCUUGGGGCAUAAGGUGGGACUUCCCAUCUACGUGUCUCCCGCGGCCAUGGCCCGUUUGGGCCACCCUGCAGGCGAGGCAGGCAUUGCAGAGGCAUGCCGCAGCUUUGGGGCCUUGCAAAUAAUAUCAAACAAUGCAUCCAUGACCCCAGAACAAAUUGUCAAGGAUGCGGCUCCGGACCAAGUCUUUGGUUGGCAAAUCUAUGUCAAUGUGGAUCACAAGAAGAGCGAGGCAAUGCUGGCACGCAUCAACAAGCUCAAGGCGAUCAAGUUCAUUGUUCUCACGCUCGACGCCCCCGUUCCUGGAAAGCGAGAAGACGACGAACGAAGCGGUUUUGCAUUGGCGCCACCGACUCCCACGACGACACAGGACACGGAAGAUGUUUCUAAAACAUCCGGUGGAGUCGGCCAGCAGCUGUUCGCUGGCACCGAUCCGUCUCUGACGUGGAAGGAUACUCUGCCAUGGCUUGCCAAGCACACGGAUCGGCCUAUUGUCUUGAAGGGUCUGCAGACGCACGAGGACGCAUACAUUGCUUCUCUUCACACUCCCCAGGUUAAGGGUAUCAUCCUUUCCAACCAUGGCGGACGGGCCAUGGACACGGCCCCGCCGGCCGUUCAUACUCUGUUGGAAAUCCGGAAAUACUGCCCGGAAGUUUUCGACAAACUUGAAGUGUACGUGGACGGAGGCAUUCGGCGCGGCACAGAUGUGAUCAAGGCUCUCUGCCUGGGUGCCAAAGCUGUAGGCAUUGGACGACCUGCUCUCUGGGGCCUCGGAGCAGGCGGAGUGAAUGGUGUGCGUCGCACUUUGCAGAUUCUGGCCGAUGAAAGCAGGACCGCUAUGCGGCUGCUCGGGGUAGAGAGUGUGGAUAAACUCGGAGCCCAGCACAUCAAUACCCGCAUCACUGAGCAACAGAUCUACGACGGACCUUCAGGCCUUGAGUCCUUGCGGCAUGUUUUCCGGGCGAGGCUGUAG